AUGAAGUAUGUUAAUUCGAGGGUUGCUGUUGUGCUCCUCUUUUCGUUGAUCGCCGCUCUCCUGUUCCAACUGCCAGGCUCUCAAAGAUGGCUCAGUCUCACCACUGGCAAGCACGAGGAACCUCGAUGGCUCAUAGCCGCGAUGUCGGCCGCUACCUCUCAGCGCCGGCGAAAUAUCAUUCGGGCAACCAUGGGCAAAGCAUAUUCAAACCCUUCCUUCACCCUUCGUUUUGUCAUUUCGAACCCAGGCGAUAUGUGGUUGCCGGUCAUAGAACAUGAGAACAAGACGUUCGGAGACAUCAUGAUGCUACCGCAUUUGGAAGAAACAGGUCAUCUGGCCAAUACAGUCAAAUCAGUCGAGUGUCUGAAGCAUAUUGUCCACUCCGGCGAGACUUGGCAAUUCGUCUCGAAGAUGGACGAUGACUCCUUCGUCGCACUUCCUACUUUCUACCGCCUCUACCUGGAACCUCUGUUGCUUGAACAAGCUACCACCACCACCACCACCACCACCACCACCACCACCACCACCAGCCCUGGCCAUGCCGUAAUCGGCCGUCGACUUCAAGGCGAAAGACCGUACCCGUACCCCGGAGGCCAGUUUUACACACUAUCUUGGGACAUGGUCAACGCGAUUGUAAGACAAUACGAGGCCUAUCCGGUCCAAGACGAGGAUGAAGACGUCCUCAUCGGAAGGCUCUUGAGCGAGGCAGGUGUAAACUUCGAUGUUACAGAACUUGAAAACCCCGUGGCAUUUGACUAUGAUGCCGAAAAUGACGACAAGUGGGCGUGGUCACACAAUAUUACAGAGGAAUCCAUCAACCCCCACCGACUGAAAGCUGAUGCUGUUUACCUUGACGUCGCCGCCCAGAUGCUCGCCCUGCAUCCCAACUGA